AUGUCUGCUUCUCUCUGUGUAACCCAUUUGUACUUCUCUCCCGCGGUUCCCAUAUCCUACGUACCAAAGAAGCUCUCGCACUUCCGCAGUUCCAGUCCGGACUUUCUUUCUCUGCGCUCGGUUCUUCAUGGUAACUAUUGUUUUUCUUCCCCUCAUGUUGCCAUUUCUGACGAAUAUACGAGAAUGAAGGAAGGUGAGGGAAAGGCAGUGAUAGGACUGACAUGGCAGCCCAAGCUGCUUACUGCAUCCCUUGCUUCGUCGGCUCGAAAACCUCAGAAUCACGCUGGGGAUUCUCUUUUGCAGCCCACUGAGAAGCUUGUUGAUGGUCUGUUUUUGCCACCCAAUAACCCAUCUCAAUUGAAAAAUUUGCAGAGGAAGCAAGUCAAGGACACUCUCGGCAAAGGCUGGUUUGAUAUGCCAGCUCCAACUAUGACUCAGGAAUUGAAGAAAGAUCUCCAGAUACUAAAGCUGAGGGGUGCUAUCGACCCUAAGAGGCACUAUAAGAAAGGUGAUUCAAAGUUAAAAGUUCUUCCCAAAUACUUCCAGGUGGGUACAGUCAUCGAGUCACCAAUGGAGUUCUUCUCCGGCAGGCUGACAAAGAAGGAGAGGAAAGCUACCAUUGCUGAUGAGCUACUUUCUGAUCAGAACUUCAAGGCUUACAGGAAGCGUAAGGUGAGAGAGAUCGAGGAACAGAACCGCCCUGGCGGGAAGGACAAGUGGAAAAUCAAGGGGAAGCAGUCUUUCAAGCGAGCAAAGGAUAAACGACGUUAAAGCAUCCUCAUUGUGUUUGCACUCUCCGAAACGAAACUCGGAAGGAAGCAGUUAUGCAAGAGUCCGAAGGAAAAACCAGAGCAACCUCUCUCCCUUCUUCAAUUUUGGGCCGGUCAACGUCAUGUGUAUUAGAGCAGCGAGAAAGGGGAAAUAGAUAAAUGCAGCAACACAUCAGUAUAAGCAAACUUAUUACAAAGCAUUCGCAACGGUAUAUAAAUGAGCACAUCUGCCCAUGGCGUUCACUUGUAUUGCCCAGCUGAAGUCCAAUUAUUACCUUCAUCACUCCCUUCCUGUCAUUCCUUCACGUCGACUCUCCCCUUCGUCCUCCGGCCGCCGCCUUCCUCCGUCGUCUUGCCGGUUCGUUCAGGUACGAUUCUGACUCUUUUUCUAAUCUAUCCAAGCUCUUCUCUUCGUUGUCGCUGGAGCAGAAUUGGGAUUGAUGUUGACGCUGACCUUGUAGUUUCCCACUUCCAAGUUCC